GGAGGUCGCCAGCGGUCUCGGGGACUGCCGCGCUAGGCGUCCAGGCGGCCGCGCCUUCGGAGCGGGCGGGGCGGAGCAGCGGCGGCCUCGCCCCAUCUCCGCUCCUGCGCGCCGCUUCCAGCCUGCGCAGCCCGAGGACCCGCGGCGGAGGUGCGGCCCGGCCGCCCGAGGUCGGAGCGGCCGCGCGCAGCCCGGCUCCGGCGCGGCUCCAUGACUUUGGGCGCCCGGGGCGCGGGGAGAUGCUGAUCCGGAAGAGGCGAUGGCUGCAGUGGCGCGCGCGCGGCCGCUCCCGGCCCGCCGUCCGGCCCCGGCUGCUCGGGCGGAGUUUCUGAUCUGACGCGCCAGGGCCCGGGCCUGUAGCAGCAGCAGCAGCAGCAGCUCCAGCAGCAGCAGCAGCUCGGCGGCGCCGGCAUCGUCCUAACUUGCACGCGCGGAGUGACCCAGACAUUUCACUAAAAUGAGCGUGCUUAGCAGGAAGCGAUGUGUUCCUUACACUAGAAAUCACCCCGUCACAUGUAGUGGUGUCCCAAUUAAUGGAUUCUGACAUGGAUUAUGAAAGGCCAAACGUAGAGACCAUCAAGUGCGUGGUGGUGGGGGACAACGCCGUGGGCAAGACCAGGCUCAUCUGCGCCCGGGCCUGCAAUGCCACCCUCACCCAGUACCAGCUGCUUGCCACCCAUGUGCCCACGGUUUGGGCCAUCGACCAGUAUCGGGUGUGCCAGGAGGUUCUGGAACGCUCCCGAGAUGUGGUAGACGACGUCAGCGUCUCCCUGCGCCUCUGGGACACCUUUGGAGACCACCACAAAGACCGCCGCUUCGCGUAUGGGAGGUCCGACGUGGUGGUUCUGUGCUUCUCCAUUGCCAACCCUAAUUCCCUUCACCAUGUCAAGACCAUGUGGUACCCAGAGAUCAAGCACUUCUGCCCCCGGGCACCUGUCAUCUUGGUGGGCUGCCAGCUGGACCUGCGCUACGCCGACCUGGAGGCUGUCAACAGGGCCAGGCGCCCCUUGGCUAGGCCCAUCAAGCCCAAUGAGAUUCUUCCCCCCGAGAAGGGGAGGGAGGUGGCCAAGGAGCUGGGCAUCCCCUACUAUGAGACCAGCGUGGUGGCCCAGUUCGGCAUCAAGGACGUCUUCGACAACGCCAUCCGCGCGGCCCUCAUCUCCCGCCGCCACCUGCAGUUCUGGAAGUCCCACCUCCGCAACGUGCAGCGGCCUCUGCUGCAGGCCCCCUUCCUGCCCCCCAAGCCCCCUCCCCCCAUCAUCGUGGUGCCCGACCCCCCCUCCAGCAGUGAGGAGUGCCCCGCCCACCUCCUGGAGGACCCGCUGUGUGCGGACGUCAUUCUGGUGCUGCAGGAGCGGGUGCGCAUCUUUGCCCACAAGAUCUACCUCUCCACGUCCUCCUCCAAGUUCUACGACCUGUUCCUCAUGGACCUGAGUGACGGGGAGCUGGGGGGCCCCUCGGGGCCAGGGGGCCCCCGCCCAGAGGACCACCGGGCUCACCCUGAUCCACACCACCACCAUCACCACCACCACGGCCGGGACUUCCUGCUCCGGGCUGCCAGCUUUGACGUGUGCGAGAGCGUGGAGGACGGUGCGGGCUCGGGUCCCGCUGGGCUCCGGGCCUCAACCAGCGACGGCAUCUUACGGGGCAACGGAACAGGGUACCUGCCUGGGAGAGGCCGCGUGCUGUCUUCCUGGAGCCGAGCUUUUUUGAGCAUCCAGGAGGAGAUGGCAGAAGACCCCCUGACCUACAAAUCCAGACUGAUGGUGGUGGUCAAAAUGGACAGUUCCAUCCAGCCGGGGCCUUUCCGGGCUGUUCUCAAGUACCUGUACACGGGGGAGCUGGACGAGAAGGAGCGGGACCUCAUGCACAUCGCCCACAUCGCCGAGCUGCUGGAGGUCUUUGAUCUGCGCAUGAUGGUGGCCAACAUUCUCAACAACGAGGCCUUCAUGAACCAGGAGAUCACCAAGGCCUUCCACGUCCGCCGCACCAACCGGGUGAAGGAGUGCUUGGCCAAGGGCACCUUCUCAGACGUGACCUUCAUCCUGGAUGACGGCACCAUCAGCGCCCACAAGCCCCUGUUGAUUUCCAGCUGUGACUGGAUGGCUGCCAUGUUCGGGGGGCCGUUUGUGGAGAGUUCCACCAGGGAGGUAGUGUUUCCGCACACGAGCAGGAGCUGCAUGCGGGCGGUGCUGGAGUACCUGUACACCGGCAUGUUCACCUCCAGCCCCGACCUGGACGACAUGAAGCUCAUCAUCCUGGCCAACCGCCUCUGCCUGCCGCACCUGGUUGCCCUCACAGAGCAGUACACCGUGACCGGGCUGAUGGAAGCCACGCAGAUGAUGGUGGACAUCGAUGGGGACGUCCUUGUGUUCCUGGAACUGGCUCAGUUCCACUGCGCGUACCAGUUGGCGGACUGGUGUCUCCACCACAUCUGCACCAACUACAACAACGUGUGCCGCAAGUUCCCCCGAGACAUGAAGGCCAUGUCCCCAGAAAACCAGGAGUAUUUUGAGAAGCACCGCUGGCCGCCCGUGUGGUACCUGAAGGAGGAAGAUCACUACCAGCGGGCCCGGAAGGAGCGUGAGAAGGAGGACUAUCUCCACCUGAAGCGGCAGCCCAAGCGGCGGUGGCUGUUCUGGAACAGUCCCUCCUCGCCGUCCUCUCCUGCGGCCUCCUCGGCGUCCCCAUCUUCCUCCUCGGCCGUGGUCUGAGAUGCUGCCGCCCUCUUCUGACUCUGCUGCUCUUGUGCCCACCUGCCCUGGCCCCUCCGCUCUCUGCAUCGCCCCCUCCACCUCCCAGGGACCAGGGGACCCACAUAACCAGGACCCUAAGGGCGGGCUGUUCUCACCAGCCAACAGCUCAGCCAGAGAGGAGCCGGGCCUCGUGGGUCAGAACAGGGAUCCCCUUUGGAGGUCCCCAGUUCUGAAACAGGACAGGGGACAGCUCCUGGGAGGUGGGAGAGGGGACAGCUCCUCAGAGUGCUGGCAUCCUGUCUCUGGGUUGGACAACCCUAGAGUCAAGGGGGAAACGUCCAGCUAUGAGAGGUGUGGUCUGUGGAGGCAGCCCCCUCCCGGUGAGCGCGGUGCACAGGGAGGUCCUGCGUCUAUUGGCCAGAUUUUUCUACCAGUGGACUUGGGGGUUGCAAAUGUUUUGUGGGCAUUUCCACACGGAGCCUACUCAGAUCCUCACUGGAGAAGUCAGGGUAGACAAGCCUUCAGGGCCCCGCUCAAGGCUUCCCCUUCCUGGGUGCAGCUGCCGGAGGCCACACCUCCCGGGGUGCCGGCCUGUCUCCCCGGCCGCCAGCAUCCCGGCCUGGUAAAGGGAAGUGGAGUUGUUCAGAGCUCCAGGCCUAGAAGCAGGGUCUCCCGGUGCAAUGAGAAACUCCUCCCUCCACUCUCCUUCACACUCCGAGAUGGGAUCCAAAGCAAACAGCUAGAACGGGGCAAGAAGGAAGGGGGUGAAGGGGGUCUGGACGCAGCAAUCCUGGGCUCCUCUAGUUAGCAUGGCUUCUUACGGGGUGGGACAAAAUUAGCAAAAAAAAAAAAAAAAAAGCAACAAACAAAAUCACCACCAACAGAUACACUCUAGCCUCUGUUCCCUCCAAGAAAGGACAGAAAAAGACCCUGUACGGCUUACAUUUUAUAAAACCAAACGGGCCCCCGCAUUGAUGAGACACAGGCUUAGACUAUAGAAGUGUUUCCAGUCUUACGAGGAAAGGGCUGUCACCUGCUGUGACAGGAAGCCCGGCUGCCGGAGGCUCUGGGGCAGCACCAAUCCCAGGCCUCCAGCUGCAGGCAUUGAGGGC